AUGGAGGGAAGAAAAAAGAUGCAGAUCACGGCUCAGCUAGACGAUUUGGUAGCUGGUCAUGUGAGUUCCCUCUUUGCGCAGCUUCCAGAGGCUGAAGGAGACUUCUCAGCCAUCCAUCCACCGAAGGCGACACAGGCUGUACUAUCGCUUGCGACCUUCACCCCCGCCUGUCCACCCAAAAGAUCCACUACCGACCGUUUUCAAGACCUAUACCCCCCGGAGCUUAAGGAAUUCAACGGGGAAAACGGCAAGCCUAUUUAUUUCGCCGUUAAAGGCACCGUUUUUGAUGUCUCGCCGGGGCGAAGCUUCUAUGGACCUGGUGGCUGGUAUGAAAAUUUCGCGGGCCGAGACGCAAGUAGAGGGUUGGCAUGUGGAAGCUUCGACGAGGAUAUGUUGACCAAAGACUUGCAAGGACCUUUAGAUAAUCUCAAAGGCCUGAGGGACGAUGAGAUGGCAGCCUUGGCAGAUUGGGAAGCCAAGUUCCAGGAGAAGUACAUGGUCAUUGGCAACCUCGUUUCAGUUGGAGCAAAGAAAAGUUGA